GAGGCGGCCGCAUGCCGAGGAUGAAACAUUUGCGAAAUAAUGUUUUUUCCUCAAAGUGACACACUACCCGAGUUAUGCUCAGUUUUUUGGCGACGUUUGACACACCAAGCUCAAAAGGUUGCCCAUCACUGAGUCCUAACCCGUACGUUGUAGAACUGACCUUUAAACUGGUUAGCCUGACCUUGGGGUUCAUGUUCUUGAACCCAAACCUCUGCUAGGGACCCUGGUUGCCAGAAUAUCUGGCUAUUUUUAUUCUUCAUGGUCAUAACUUUAAAAAAAUUUUUUUUCCUCACCAUCCUGAUUUUCUUUAUCAUUUGUAUUUUGCAAUGUCUCUGGGAAACUCUUUGAGAUUCUUCAUAUGAACAAGUCUCCCCAUGAUGAAUGUACCUGUGCUGCCCAUGGCGAGUGAAGCUGAGCUGGCUGUUCCAGAAUGAGCCAGAGCGCUGAGAAGGGGAAGUAGACCCCCCGCUGGUUCUCUGCUAUGGCCUGUGAACCGCAGAUGGGCCCUGGCGGGGCGGCCGGCCCCUUGCCCACCUCCUCUCCUGGCUGGAGUGCCCUGCCGGCGGGGAGCCCUCCUGGCUGGGGGCAAGAUCUCCGCAAUGGCCAGGUCCUUACGGUUCUCCGGAUCGACAAUACCUGUGCACCCAUCUCCUUCGAUCUGGGAGCCGCAGAGCAGCAGCUGCAGACCUGGGGCAUUCAGCAGGUCCCGGCUGACCAGUACAGGAGCUUGGCUGAGAGCGCCCUCUUGGAGCCCCAAGUGAGAAGAUACAUCAUCUACAACUCCAGGCCCAUGCGACUGGCCUUCGCUGUGGUUUUCUAUGUGGUGGUGUGGGCCAACAUCUACUCCACCAGCCAGAUGUUUGCCCUGGGGAACCACUGGGCGGGCGUGCUGCUCGUGACCCUGGCCGCACUGAGCCUGACGCUGACUCUCAUGCUCAUCUUCGAGAGACACCAGAGGAAGGCCAACACCAACACGGACCUCAGGCUGGCGGCUGCCAACGGAGCCCUGCUGCGACACCGGGUGCUGCUGGGCGUGACGGACACGGUGGAGGGCUGCCAGAGCGUGAUUCAGCUCUGGUUUGUCUACUUUGACCUGGAGAACUGUGUGCAGUUUUUGUCGGAACAUGUUCGAGAAAUGAAGACUAGCCAAGAGUCCUUGCUGAGAAGGAGGUUGAGCCAGCUCUGCGUUGUCAUGGAGACUGGGGUGAGCCCCACGACGAUGGCGGAGGGGCCUGAGAACCUGCUGGAGGAAGCUCCUCUCCUGCCCAGCAGUUCCCGUCCCACAGAGAGGCCACUGGUGCAGACUGAGCUUCACCAGCUCGUUCCGGAGGCUGAGCCGGAGGAAAUGGCCCAGCAGCUGCUGGCAGUUUUUGGCGGCUACUACAUCCGGCUCCUGGUGACCUCCCAGCUCCCCCAGGCAGUGGGGACACGACACACAGACUCUCCAAGGGUUCCGUGCCCCUGCCAACUCAUAGAAGCCCACAUCCUGGGCACGGGGUGCUGCCCGUUCCUGGCCAGGUGACCUAGGGACAAAGGUACUCAUCCUCCUCCAGGACUGAAGGCACGAAGUCAGGGAGGCCUCAGGAGCCCAAGGUGGCCCAUGGUGAGCCCUAGGCGAGGAGAGAAGCAUCUGGGGACACUCUGAAGGGUGUGUCACAUCAGCAAUGGGGUGUCGUGCUCACUCCAGGACCCUGCACAAACGUGACUGUUGACCCCAGGCCUUUUCAGAAGCAGUGGUUGCCAGCUGCUCCCAGCUGCAGGCUACUCUCCGGGAUGCUUGGAACUGUGGGCCUGGAGGGAAGGGCUGCUCUGCCAUCCUGGUCACUGUCUGAACCGCCCAGCAAAUGUGAAGGUGACCAUCAACAUUCGGUCUCUGAUGAUGCCCCCAUCUCCACCCUCUCACGUCAGAUGGGGAAACAGAGGCUCUGGGAGGAGGAUGCUGCUCUGUGUGGGCACUGCCGUGGGCCUCUAGGAUGACAAGGCUGCCUCUUCCCAAUCUGAAGAAAAGAGGUCGAUUCUCAGAAUGGUCUCCUUCUUUGUAAGUUUUCUCCUGUAUUUAAGGAAAAACAGCGGUACCUCUGCUUGUUGUCUGCCAGUACACAGGCUACCAGGAGACAGAGGAAAGAAACGAACAGCACGUAACUGUUAGUGGGGCUAUCUGGAGAAGACCCGUUUUGAGGACUUACGUCGCUCAAAGGCCUGCGUGCUUGUGGCUGUGGUUUUAUACUGCAGGUGGGAGCAACGCCCGGUGUCCUGGCCCUGGCACUGUCCUGGAGGAAGCAUCUGCUGUCACUCGUGGAUUCCAUGAAGAGCUGAGGCUUCAAGAUCUGGCCUUCAUUUGCAAUUUGGCCUCACCUCCCACAAAGUAAAAGGUUUCAUAAGUUUUGCAGGACUGACACACCUAUGCCAUAAAAGCUGUUGGCUCCUAGGCAUGCUUCAAAGCCCCGCCUUUCUCGCCCCAUCUUGAGGAAGCUUUCCAACACAGCCAGGCCUGCAACUGUUCGCCGCCUUUUAAAUUCUUGAUGUAGCUGCUGCCUUUACUGAUGUUUUGUUUUGUUGAUUCUGUUUUCCUGUGCACAUGCAUAUUUUCCUAGCUAGACUAUAAGCUCCUCAAGGAAAAAUACUUCACCUUAUCUUUUGUGAAUGGCGUGGUCCUGCUAAGGGGUAAUUGCUUUGUCAUCUCCAUAGUAGCUUUUGCAAGUAGCUUUUUGUGAGAGCAAAUGAUGAGGUUGGUAUAGAACUGGGUUCUGGUCCUGAACUGCCACUUCUAGCUGUGUAACUUUUGGCUGGACCUCAGUUUACCCAUCUAUGUAAAGGGUAGAUUCCAUGACUCUAAAUGGCCCUUCCAAAGCUAAAGUUCUGGGAAUGUCUUUUUAUUUUGCUCCAUUAUGGCCCUUGGCUUGUCUAACUUUUAUGCCUUCAUGUACAUAUAGAAAGGUUCUAGAGCGGCAGUCGCCAACCUUUCGGACCUCACAGACCACCAGUGGUCCGCGGACCACCGGUUGGCAACCGUUGUUCUAGAGCCCCACAUGGAUGAGGUGUCCCAGACCUGAUGCACCUUUGGACAGAACACUGGCCUCGCUAGCAGGAGACCUGGAUUCUCACUCCAGAUCUGCUGCUUCCUAGUGGCGUGACCUUGGCUAGGUCACCUACCCUCCCCGACUGUCAUUUCACUCCUUUAUAGAUGGAUCUGGUGAACAUGAAAUGUAAUAACGUGGCUGACCUGCCAUGUAAGAGUCUAAGAGUCUAACUAGGGCUUUCUCUGAGCCAGAGGAGAGAAAUCGUGUGUAGAGCAGACCUUGGAAAUGGCUGUUUUAGGCAUUUCUCUUCAGCCAGCUUUUAGGGCAGCUUUGCUCAAUGAGAAUUAUUCAUGAAGGUGAUUAUUCCUCUCUUUGUCACCUGCCACAGAGGAAGUGUGGGCUGUGAAUGUGAUCAGUAGAAGCCCGUAGUUACCAUCCAAGCAUAAAAUCCUGGUAAGUAUAAGAACAAUAAAAAUGUGUGGUAAAUGACAAAACAGCAGUUUUCCCAGGUUAGGGCUUACAGGGUCCUUGUGUGUCCUUUCCUCCGUUUCUGACGGUCUCCCCUGCUGGGUGGGGCAUUCAGCUGCGCCACGAGGUACACGCUCAGCUUUCUCAUUGAGGAAAUUCUGUCAUCUCUGUCUCGCCCACUUCACAGGGCUGCUGGGACGAUCAGAUUCCACAAAUGAACGUGAACCCUGUUUGAAGGCCCUGUGUUCAUGGCAGCCAUGGCGAUGGGGAAGGUGGGACAGUGUCUGAAGGGGGCGCUUGGGUUCUAGAGUCACACUGAUUCCAAUCCGAGUUCUCCCCACCCUGAGGUCUCACUCCUCCCGUGUGGAAUGGAGAUAGGAGUACCUACCUGGCAGGUUAUCGUGAAGAUAAAUGAUAGAAAAAAUGUCAAGUGCUUGCAGCUUUGAGUUGCAAGCUUGAGAAAGAGCUCAAUAAGUUGUUGCUAUUUUUCUUAAAUCUUUCACUGUCUUGUAUAUGGUAGGUGCCCAAUGUACUAGUAUAUUUUUAUUGAUGUAGUAGGCCAUUAACAGUUUAUGUUUAUUCAGUCUACAUCAGACCUCAGUCACUCUAGCACCAUGGGAUAUAUUUAUGUGAAUAAAGAUUCUAGUCAAA